AGUUGGCGUACAUCUCACGUACAAAGCAGGAAAUUAAUGGCACUGGAAAGUGAUCCGAGCAGCCACUCUUGCUUCUAGAGAAGAAUUUCAUCUCGGACAUUGAAAUUAUUAGAGGUCAUCCUCGUAGGCAUGGCGAUAGGGAAAGCGUAAGUGAAAUUUGAAAGGGAAGCGUGUGGCAAGGAGGCUUCAGAACUCUACAGUCCUUUCCCAGAGCUGUGGUUCUUUUGACUUUUGUGAGAAUAUUCUUAAUUUGAAAGGCAUCGAUGGGCAAUGGAGGGUGGUGGCGGUGGUGGGGUUUGAUGAUCAUAGGAGCGGUGGUGGCGGUAGCGAGCAGCGGUUCGCAAAGGAAAGAAGACCUUCUGGUUUCUCGUAUUGCCUUCGGGUCAUGCUCCGACCAAAGCGAUCCUCAGCCUAUCUGGGAUGCAAUAAUCAAAUAUGAUCCCCAAGUCUUUAUUUGGCUUGGCGAUAACAUUUAUGGAGACAAUAAGCGCCCUUUUAAACUGUUUGGAAAGGAAAGAACAAUCGGACCCUGGAAGAAUGCUCCAAGGUUUGUUCCUAACUCCAGGCAGGAAAUGGAGUUGAGAUUCAAGAAAGCUAAGACUAAUCCUGGCUAUUCUCGUCUUCGAGAGAAAACUAAGAUAAUCGGCACAUGGGAUGACCAUGAUUAUGGAUUAAAUGAUGCAGGAAAAGAGUUUUCUGCGAAAAUAUCUAACCAAGAACUUCUCCUUGAUUUUUUAGAAGAACCUCAGGAUAGUCCACGGCGCAAGCAGGCUGGUGUGUAUGCAUCAUAUACAUUUGGCCCUUUGGGUAGACAAAUAAAGGUUAUCCUCUUAGAUACUAGAUACCACAGAGAUCCUCUGUCAAGUGAUGGUACCAUUUUGGGGAAUUUGCAGUGGACAUGGCUAGAAAAAGAGCUGAAUGGUCCAGCAUCAGCCAUUACUAUAAUUGGAUCUUCUAUUCAGGUUAUAUCAAAUCUUUCAGCAACCACUGGUCCGUUGAUUUCUUCCGAGUCUUGGGGACGUUUCCCAAAGGAGAGAGAUCGCCUUUUCAAAUUGAUAGCAGACAGUAAGAGAGAUCGAGUCUUCUUCAUUAGCGGCGAUGUUCAUUUUGGAGAAAUUGCACGGUAUGACUGUGCUACUGGAUAUCCCCUAUAUGACAUUACAUCAAGUGGGCUCACAAAAUCAAUAGAGGAGGCAGUCCCACCACCAUUUCAUUUCAUAGUGAGGUUUGUGGCAAGCUUGACACCCACUACAAUGAGAGUCAUGAAUCAGAAUUGCAGAUUUAGUUCAUGCACAUAUGGUCAACCAAAUUUUGGAGCAAUUGAGAUAGACUGGGAUGCAACUCCAGUGACCUUGAAAAUUGAAGUUAAGGAUAUCAAUGGGUUAACCGUGACUGGUGUCAAGAUGUCAUUAUUGGAGCUGCAAGCUGGAAGUAUAAACAACAUUGCCACCAUGAAAACAGGGGAAUAUUGGAGGCAUUGUUCCCCUGAAGUUACUCUACCGUGGCUUGUCAGAUAUCGCCUGGCUAUUCUGUUCUACUGUGCUGUUGCUUUCUUGCUUCUAGCUUUGAUAGGAUUCACAUAUGCAGCUGUAUUGAUCAGCAGGCGAUGUCUCGGCAAAUGCAAGUUUGAUUGACUGUAUGUCUGUCUGUCAGGGUAUUUGUUUAGUUCUAAGUUCACAUAUUUUCGCUCCCCAGAAACAAGUUUCCUUACUGAAAGGUUUCUUUGAAGGCUUUUCUGCUAGAUUUAUAAACUUGUGUUUUAUUGGAUUGAAUUAUUCUCUGGGCUGGUUUAUGGAAACCAAACCACUGUAAAAAGGGUUUUCAGGUAGACGCGAUUUGUACAGCAGCAGUGCCUGUAAAUGUGCAAAA